CGAAAAUUGAGUGUCAUUUAUUUAUUGGUUACAAUCAUCAUCAUUAAUCAAUAAAAAAAAAUUUCAAACAAAAAACGACGAUAAGAUUCGAUUCAAAAAUUGUUGUCCAUUGAAUGAAAAUCAAAUUAUGAUGGCACGUGUAUCAUCAUCAAUUGCCUCAAAUAAUAUCAAUGUCGAACGACAUGCCUAUUGUCUUUGUCUUCAUGUAAGACCUGCAACCAUUUUUGUGGCUGUCAUUAAUCUGGCUGGUUCAUUGAUUUGUGCCCUGUUGACAUUCUUCUUCAUGGUAAGCAAUGAUCAUCAUAGCUAUUUUGCUGCUCGUUUUGUUCGUGAUGAAACCAGCAGAAUCAAUCUGAUCUCAGUGUUGAUGUAUCUAUUGUUGGCUUGGGUAUCGGCUAUGCUUCUCUAUGGUGUUAUUAAAUCGAAACCAAGAUAUAUAUUGCCAUUUUUUGGCAUACAAUUCAUUGAUUAUCUAUUCACUUUGCCACAAUUCUUUGCAUUAUUCACUAAUCCAUACCAUUAUUAUGCAACUUCGGCAAAAACAACAAAAAAUAUGAUGGAAAUUCAUGGUGUGAAUAGUGUACCGGAUUCGAAGCUUGGCACAUCAGAUUUUGAUGAUUUAGCAAACACAACGGUUUGGGCAUCAUCCUAUCAACGUAAUUUUCAAGUCUAUACGACAACAUUGUUGGUCAUGACAUUUUUCAUGAUAUUCAAGACAUACUUUCUUUGUGUCGUAUGGAAAUGUUAUCGUUAUUUGCAUAUGAAAGAAUUCAUACUUCCUAUUACAUUGCAUAAUGCAGCAACCGCUAGUGGUUUGACUGCUGGUAUCGGUGCUGGUGGACAGUUUGAUCAUGAUUUACCACCAUUGAUUAUAACCGGCCGUGCUGCUAAUAUUCCACCACCCGAUUAUGAUGAAGCAACCAAAUUGCCAGAUUAUAAACCACCCGAAUAUACACAAGUUAUUGAUGGACAAAAUCCGGAUCAAUUUCGAACGAUUUCAUUGGAUUCACCACCAUCAUCACAAUUACGCGUUCCAUUGGUCCAGCAGCAGCAACAACAACAACAAGCAUCAAAUCAACAAGAAUCAACAAUAUUAAAAAUAAUAUCGAUAAUGUCUAAUAGCUAA